GCAUCUAAAUAUUUACUCAUCUGUAAAACCCUAAACCCUAAUUACCCGCCCAAUCAAUAGAAAGUUCAGUUCUGUGUUUUAAUUGAUAAACGAAUUCGACAAAUUGAAGAAUGGGUACUGAAAUUGAAAGUCUGGAAGAGAGAUUGGAGUCGUUUUUGGAGCAGCUUAAAGUAGAGUGUGGUAUAUUUGAAAGAAUUGUGUACAAAAACAAGAAUCAGCACAGAAGAAGCUCUUAUUUUCAGUAUCUCCUGAAGGUGAGGAGGGAUUUGAGGCUUUUGCAAUCAGCUAAGUUGGAGGAGUUACUUGGUUCCUGCUUUCAUGUUAUCACUGGAAAGAAACCCAAGCAAAAGGUGCAUCUUUUAGAAAGUUUAAAAUGGAGAAAAUGUGACCAUGGAGUACCUAAUUUUAUGGAGCGACUCCUCGGAGCUGCACGCUUACUAUCACAGAUGGUUGAGCCAAUGCUGAAGGCAGCUAUUGAGGUAUCUACUUUGCUCGCACGUUCAUUUUUUAUGGGAUUUUCUCUGACAGUUUUGGCUCUGCUUGCACGCCUUCGAGUAUUAGUUCAGCAAAUAUUAGUUGAUGUUGUUUCAGCAUUCAAUAUGGUCUCUUCUCUCUCCCAAAAGAAGCAAUCAGUAAAAAUCACUCAGGAAGGACUUGAGGUUUUUAGGGAGUAUUAUCCAACAAAUAAGGAAUUUAUCACCUUAGAUUGCAUAUGGAAGACAGACAAAUUUUUGUUGCUUGAAACAACACAUAAAGGUGAUUUAAAGGCUCAAGGUGGAGAUCUUGGAGAUGCUUCUUGUGAAAGAUCAGCUCUACAGUAUAUGAGUAUCAAGUCUUUUCUUGGAGAAGAUGAUUCCAACUCUAAGAACAUGAAUGAGGAUAACACUGCCAAAGGUUCUACUCAUAUCAAGGAAGAUGAGAAGGAUUUGUUUGCUGGUCCUACUGAGAGUGGGAAAAGGAAGGAAGAAGAAUGUGGAAUCGAACUGGAUGAUAAGCCAGUCGAUGUGGGAACUCCAGACGCAAAACUUCUGCCAGAAAGUGGCUCGCCGGCAACCUCUAGUUUAUCUCCAAGAAAACAUCCGUCACCAAAUCUCAGUGCAAGGUCAGUGGCAUUUGUCUCAGUAAAAAGGCCUGCACCAUCUACAGCAGCAUUCGUAUCAGUUAAAAGACCUGCUACUUCAACCUCAAAUAUAACAGAUCUUCAUUCUGAGCAAGCAAAAGAGGACAGUAGCAAAAGACAGAAUUCGUUCUUCGAUUUGCUCACUGGUGGAAACCUCAAAGAAAGCCUGUUCUGAUUUUUUCUGGAACAUCUUUAUAAGCAACUCCUUUGAUUGAUGAAUUAGUAUAGGUAUUAUCAGAAGUGCUAUACACAAUGUAAACUAAAAAGCUGUGGCUUUUCUGUUCACUUGAGAAAUGCCAAGUUUUGCUUCAGAACUCAUUUUUUAUGUGGAAAUUAAAUUUCAUCAACUUGUACAUAUUCA